AUGUCUGUUCUCCCUGCCGAGGUGCAGGGAGCCUUGAGCCAACUCCUUCAAGCCCUCGCUUCUCCGGACAACAGCCUCCGCGCGCAAGCGGAGGACCAGUUGAACAAUGACUGGACUCCCAACCGGCCCGACAUGCUGUUGAUGGGCUUGGUGGAACAGUUGCAAGCGGCCCAAGAUCCAGCGACACGAUCCUUCGCGGCGGUGCUGUUUCGCAAGCAAGCCUCCAAAACGCGCAAAAGUCCUUCCACUGGCGAGUCCAAAGAACUUUUCCUCACACUAAGCACCGAGGCCAAACUCGCCAUCCGGUCGAAACUGUUGGAAUGCCUGGCUAGGGAACAGGUCAACCCAGUCAGGAAUAAGAUUGGAGAUGCGAUCGCCGAAAUCGGGAGACAAUAUGUCGAUGCUGGCGAAAUGUGGAUGGAACUGCUCGCAGCUUUGUUCCAAGCAAGCCAAUCCGACGACGCCGGACUGAGGGAAUGCGCCUUCCGAAUAUUCUCUACCACACCUGGCAUCAUUGAAAGACAGCAUGAGAGUGCGGUCCAGGAGGUCUUUGGGAAAGGCUUCAAAGACAGCAGUGUUGAAGUCCGACUGGCUUCCAUUGAGGCGUUCGCAUCUUUCUUUCACUCGGUCACCAAAAAGACACAACCGAAGUACUAUUCUCUGAUUCCCGAAAUCCUCAACAUCCUACCACCUCUCAAGGAAGCCGGAGAUACCGACAACCUCUCCAAGGCCUUUGUCUCGCUUAUUGAGCUGGCAGAGGCGGCGCCCAAAAUGUUCAAAAGCCUUUUCUCUACUCUUGUCAAAUUCAGCAUUUCUGUCAUUCAAGACAAGGAGCUGGGUGAUCAGACACGACAAAAUGCUCUGGAACUGAUGGCCACUUUUGCCGAAUGGGCGCCUGCCAUGUGCAAGAAAGAUGCUUCGUAUGUGAGCGACAUGGUCACGCAGUGUCUUAGUUUGAUGACAGAUAUCGGAGUGGAUGACGAUGAUGCGUCGGAGUGGAAUGCAAACGAGGACCUCGACAUGGAAGAAAGUGACAUGAACCACGUCGCAGGAGAGCAAUGCAUGGAUCGAUUAGCAAACAAGCUUGGGGGGGAAGUCAUGCUUCCGGCUACUUUUACCUGGUUGCCCAGAAUGAUGCACUCGGCGUCGUGGAGGGACAGACACGCUGCUCUCAUGGCCAUCUCCGCCAUCUCCGAAGGAUGUCGGGAUCUUAUGAUCGGCGAACUUGACAAGGUGCUGGAGUUGGUCGUCCCGUCCUUGAGAGACCCCCAUCCUCGGGUCAGAUUUGCUGGCUGUAACGCGCUUGGACAGAUGAGUACCGACUUCGCCGGACCGAUGCAAGAGAAAUACCAUCAGGUGGUCCUGACCAACAUCAUACCUGUGCUGGAAGCUCCGGAGCCUCGUGUGCAAGCUCACGCUGCGGCUGCACUGGUCAACUUUUGCGAGGAGGCGGAGAAAUCGGUAUUGGAACCAUACCUUGACCAACUCCUUGGGCAUCUGCUACAGCUCUUGCAGUCGCCAAAACGUUACGUCCAAGAACAAGCAUUGUCCACGAUUGCCACGAUUGCAGACUCUGCCGAAAGCGCUUUCGUUCGCUACUACGACACCCUGAUGCCUCUUCUCUUCGGAGUCCUACAGUCUGAACAAUCCAAAGAGUACCGAUUACUUCGGGCCAAGGCCAUGGAGUGCGCGACCCUCAUUGCUCUGGCCGUGGGUAAGGAAAAGAUGGGUCAGGAUGGCAUCACGCUUGUGCAGACUCUGGGCAACAUUCAGCAAAAUAUCACCGACGACGACGAUCCUCAGGCGCAAUAUCUGCUGCAUUGCUGGGGCCGCAUGUGUCGAGUUCUGGGGAGUGAUUUUGUUCCAUAUCUCCCAGGGGUCAUGCCACCUUUGCUGGAGCUCGCCUCAGCCAAAGCCGACAUUCAGUUGAUCGACAGUGAGGACGACAUCCUGGACCAGGAAGAUGGAUGGGAGUUGGUUCCUUUGAAAGGCAAAGUCAUUGGCAUCAAGACAUCGACGCUGGAGGACAAAAACACGGCGAUUGAGUUGAUCACCAUCUACGCGCAGAUUUUGGAGGCGGACUUUGCACCCUAUGUGGCUGACAUUGCAGAGCGUAUUGCCUUGCCUGGCCUCGCUUUCUUCUUCCAUGACCCUGUCAGAGUGGCAUCCGCGAAGUUGAUUCCUCAACUGCUCAAUUCGUACAAGAAACGAUAUGGGGAACAGUCCCCUCAACUCAUGGAACUAUGGGCCAAAUGCUGUGACAAGGAAAUUGAAAUCCUCAGCGCAGAACCGGCCGUCGACACCUUGGCCGAAAUGUACCAAUGCUUCUAUGAGAGUGUCGAAGUGGUUGGUAAGAACUGUCUGACGCAAGAACACAUGGAGCAGUUUAUUCAAUCGGUCAAGUCAACCUUAGAAGAGUUCCAGAAACGGGUCCAAGAGCGUGCGGAUGAGAGGGCCGAAUCUGCCCAGCAGGGCGCGGACGAGGACGACGACUCGUUGUCUGUGCAGUAUGCGAUCGAGGACGACCAGACACUGUUGUCCGACAUGAACAAGGCGUUUCACACGAUCUUCAAGAACAUGGGUGUGAAUUUCUUAGGUUCAUGGCAGAGGUUGAUGCCCUUCUACGACGCCUUCAUCACCAGCAGUGACCCGAUGCAGCGGCAAUGGGCGAUCUGCAUCAUGGACGAUGUACUGGAAUUCUGCGGCCCUCAAUCAUGGCAAUACAACGACCAUAUCAUCCAGCCGCUGAUCAACGGCAUGAGGGACGAGAACGCGGCCAACCGACAAGCCGCCGCGUACGGAGUGGGCAUCGCCGCACAGAAGGGUGGUGAGCAAUGGUCGAAUUUCGUGGCGGCCAGUCUGGAAAUGCUUUUCCAAAUCACCAGAGUCCCGAACGCUCGAGGGGAGGAUGAAGUCUUCGCGACCGAAAACGCAUGCGCCGCCAUCGCCAAAGUCCUCCACUACAAUUCCUCCAAAGUGCCCAACCCGCAGCAGAUCGUGGAGCAAUGGCUCGACACGCUCCCGGUCGUCAAUGACGAGGAAGCCGCCCCUUAUGCCUACUCUUUCGUCGCCCAGCUCAUUGACCAGCAAAACCCCGCCGUAUUCGCCAAAGCGCAACAAGUCUUCCAUCAUAUCGCGGUCGCGCUCGAGGCCGAGACGAUCCAAGGGCAGACGGCCAAAAAGGUCGCCGAGAGCGCGAAGCAGAUGGUCGCCCAGACCGGCAUCAACGCCGACCAGAUCUUGCAGUCCCUCUCGGUGGACGGACAGGCGACGGUGCGGAGUUAUUUCUCGUGA